AAAAUAUCAUUUUUUUCAAAAAUUGUAACCAUCGAAUAUCACUGAAACCAUCAAAUAUCACUUUUUAAGAAGUGAUAUUCGAUGGUUUGGAAUUUUUGCUAAAACAUGAUAUCUUGAUCCACAUAUCAAAUAUCACUUUACUAUCUUUCAACAUGGGAUAAUAAAAUUUAUUUUAUUGAUGUUUCAGCACAAGCCUAAAUAUGCGGCUGUUGUUAGUGAUGAGUGUGACACUACUCUGUAUUGUGAUGCCACUGCAUGCCCAGAAAGGCAGUGGUGGUAGGGGCGGAGGUGGAAGAGGAGGAAAUGGUGGAGGUGGAAGAGGAGGAAAAGGUGGCCGUCGUACCUCAGUCCCUUCUCAGCCAUCAACCCCUGGUACAACUCCUGAGGAAAUUGUGACAACCACUGUAAAAAUUGUGACAACCACUGAAGAAAUUGUGACAACCCAGCCUUUAACUACUGGUACAACUCCUGAAGAAAUUGUGACAACCACUGAUGAAAUUAUCACAAUCCCUGAGGAAAUUGAGACAACCCCUAAAGAAAUUGUGACAACCACUGAUGAAAUUGUCACAACUCCAGAGGAAAUUGAGACAACCCCUGAGGAAAUUGUGACAACCACUGAUGAAAUUGUCACAACCCCUGAAUCUACAACCAGUGGACCAUCAUUUCCCCAACUUACAUCAGCACAAGUUACUGCAAUGAAGGACUCUAUCAAUGUACUUCUUGAUGCUAAUGCCAAUGUUGAUGGGAAUGGACCGAACCUGAUAGCUGGCCUCGUUCGACUUGCCUUCCAUGACUGCGUAGGUGGAUGUGAUGGUUGUAUUAAUUUGGACAAUCCUGAAAAUGUAGGUCUAGAUGAAUAUAUCAAUAUGAUAGAUGAAGCUUUUAUUGUCUACAGUGAUAUUAUAAGUCGCGCUGAUUUCUGGGCACUGGCUUCGAUCACUGCCAAUGAAAGAGCUGCUGAGGAUUGCAGACCACGUGGCAGAUGCACUCCAAGUAUUCCAAUGAUUGAGUUCCAAACAGGACGUAGAGAUUGUGCCACAUCUCCCCUUUCUUCUGCUGAGCAUAUAUUCCCAGAUCCCCAUGGAGGUCUGGACCCAACAGAGUCAUUCUUUGCAAGUGUGUUUGGUUUUAAUCGACGGGAAAGUGUCGCCAUCCUUGGUGCCCAUACUCUUGGUAGAGCACGUCGUCAAAACUCUGGCUUCCGUAAUCCAUGGGUCGGUCGUGAGAGAACUUUGGACAAUGAUUACUAUCGGGAACUUCUUAAUAUUGAUCGGAACUGGAAUCAAGUUGAUGUUGCCAAUGGAAGAAAUGGUGGUCCUAAAUGGCAAUGGGUACAUGGAGAUGGGAGACGAUUAAUGUUAAAUGCUGACAUGUGCCUUUUCAAGGAGAUGGAACUCUCAUCUGGAACUGGCGAGUCGGGUUGCCCAUACAGUGGAACCAAUGCUUGUCCCAAUUCUGCUGCGGCAGGUAUUGUGCAAGAAUUCGCCAACGACAAUGCCCUCUGGAUUCAAGAAUAUGGCGCUGCUUUCCAAAAAAUGAUUGCAACUGGUUAUACCUCUGAUGACUUCACACCUAUUGCACUUGAAGUUCCAGUUGAUAAUGGUAGUGGGGAUAACCCUGGAGUGGAUGAUCCCAUUAAUCCUAUAGGGAUCAAUCCUAUAUUUGAAGAUGAUAUCGUCUGAUUAAAUGAUGAAAAAAAUAGAUAUUUAAUCUAAUAUUGCAUGACCUAGAUUUGGGAUUACGGAGGAAUCAUCAUUUCAAGGGACCAAUGCUGGGAUAUGUCAUGCCGUUCUGAACUGAGUUUGGUGCAAAAUUUUAAACAUUUUGUGAAGAGAAUAAAAUAAUUGAAUUAAAAUAAUAAAUUAGAAAUUAAGAUUGCUUGAACUCAUCACUGUGCCUUAUUAUGAACACUGACAGAUACCACUCAUUUACCCCAAAAUCUUGUCUGCACAUUAAUAGUGAUACCAUAUAUUAAUAAUAUUAAGGAAUUAUUCAUUAUAUCCUACAAUUGAAUAAAUAAUUGCAUAUUUUGCUAUGCUUAGCUUGCUAUAUAGGUAAUGGGUGGCAUAUGUUGAUAUGCAAAGUAUACUAUACAGGAAAUGCAAGACAAGGGGCCAAUAUUGUUCACUCUAUCCCCUGUUUUUGGUUCAGCUUAUUUGUUUGAAUUUGCCUUCUCAACAGUAUAACAGGACAUAGUGAUAAAUAUUGCACUGGAAGAGCUGCCUUGUAAAUCAGCCAACACAUGCAAUAUCCUGGUCCAAUCUUGGCUGAUUUUGCAGCUUAGUAUAAAACAUUUCAAUAAUGAAUUUAUAACAAUCAUGUGCAUUAUAAGUACAAGAUGACAACUCUAACUUUUCAAGUAAUGAUAAUAAAGAUGGGAUGUAAUUUUUUAUUUAUUUUAUUAUUUGAUAAUGUUUUUAUAACAUGAUACUGCAUAACACAUCACAUAUAGCAAUUAAAAAAUUUCUACAAAAUAUGUACAAAACAAGAUUAACCACAUGAUGCACUCCUAGAUAGGCCUAUACAAAUCGUGAUAUCGCUUGACAUAACAUCUCAUUUCAUUAACUCUGACAAGACUUACUGAGCUUUUAAGAUAUUAGGGAGGUUAAGUUAGCACUCUUUUGAAGAAUAUGUGCAUUAUAUGUGUUAAAUUAUGAUCCUCUAAGCACUGUUUUCACCCUACUGGUUUUAGUUGCCCGAUUGAGUGUAUGAUGGUUUGAGGAAAAUAGUCGUAAUAAGGUUCCCGUUUGAACCAAUUAGAGAGGGGGACAACAAUUCCCAAGGGUCAUAAUUUUACAUGUUUACAUUCAAGUUCUCGCAAAUGCGCAUUAACUUAAUCUUUCUAUUAUAUCACAUGUAAACUUAACAAGUUCGCUAAUCUGUCAAACAGAGUGUUUUGAGAUCAACAUAAAUAGAGAUAAGGUAUAUAGUACUAAGAUACCAACAUGCAUUCUGAUCGACUUCCAUCCUAAAAACAUUUGCACCAAGUCUGUACUCUCACUUUAAAAAUCAUACUUCCUAUUACAGAUACACAUUUUUCAAAUAAAUAAAAUAUAGACAUAUGUUACAGAUAUCUUACACAAAAUACAUGUAAAAUUGAUCUUAACACAAUUAGAUAGAUGUUACUUUUUUUGUUAAAAAACUAAAACAUUUCAUACUAUUUAAAAGUACAAAGCAUCAAUGACUAGACUAGCUAUAUACUGUAGUUGAUACUAAUGUCCCUUAAAUUCAAACACUGGAGACUAAUAUGGCUAGAUUAUCUACAAUUAUAAAUCUGAUUUAUAUGUCAAUAGCUUAAUGUUUUGUCCAGAAGCAGGGAACAACUGGUGGAAUUGGAACAUGUUUCAAGGAUGAAAAUGCACAGUAUAUACAGUUAUAUGCAUACAAUGUACCUUAAAAUCAUAUGUUACACAAAGAAAUCUUAAAAUUAAGAGACAUUAACUUAAUGUAACCACAGGGCUAAUGAGCUGUCCAGGACAGAGAUAUGAAAAUGUUGAUCCUCAACGAUAUAUAGUUCCAAAGCACUGGAAACUAUGUCAUCAAAAGUAUCAUUAUUGAACAUUUUAAGUAUCAAGAGACUGGAUACAUCUUAAUGUUUCUAUAUAAUCCAAUUACUGCAGUUCUCCUUUGUUACUGUCCUUGAUAUCCAUACUGCUGUUGAUACCCAUACUCAUCCUGCAUAUUUCCAUUCACAUAUCCUUUACCUCCAUCAUUACCAUAUAUGGGGUUGCCAUAGUUAUCAACUGGCUGCCCAUAUUCAUCUACUGGUUGGCCAUCCAUGAUGAAUCCCAUGUUGGAUUCGGGACGCUGAUAUGGGUCAUAGUCAUCGCCGUAGCUGAAAUAGAACAACACUUAUAAUUUCUCUACUGUAAUACUCACAGUCAGUUCUUGCUGGUCAACAGGUUGUAGCUAGAGUUGGAUGAAUCAUAAUGCUACACUUGGAACACAUGUUUAAAAGCCUAGCAAACGUGUAUUCCAGCCAUGGCUGUGUAUGAGUAAUAUCACCAGAUUCAAUAGGGAGUUGAAGAAAAACAUUGCAAGCUUAAACUCCCUAUUAUCAUAUAUUGAAAAGAUUAUGUCUACAAAAUAAAAAAUAUACAAAAUUUUGAAAUCAUUAUGAAUCGCUGAUUUGUAUGCAUUGUUAAAAAACAAAAGGUGAUAGCUGUGACCAUUGUUCUAGUUUCAACUCACCCUGCAUCAUUAUAAGAUCCGUUAGGAGGCAUCAUAGCCCCAUUAUAGCCAUCAUGCUCCAGGUACUCUGGGGUAACAUUGCCCUCCAACAUACCACCAUCAUAACCA